UUUGCCUAUUGCAGCCACACCAGAGCUAUGGAAAGCCUCCUAAGUCAUGGAAGGAGUAUUUCUUUAAGAGGCUUUAGGAGGCUUUCCAUGAUUCUGGUGUGGUUGCAGUGGCACAUUAAUCAAAGUAUUAUUUGCACCUUGGACAAUAGGGCCAAUUGAAGUUAUACGGUCAAUUUAUGCACCACCAACAAAGGCGCCUAAACGGGACUUGUUGGCUCUGCUAGAAAAUCAUGCAAAGUAUGACACCAAGCUCGAACAACUAUGGAUGGAAAUCAAUACAGUUCCUGAAUGGGUAGACUGGGACCAAAUUAAACGAGGGCAGGAGGUGUUCUUUCGCUAUGGGAUGCCAAUCGUGAAUGUACUUCGUUUCCAGAGCCUUUUGGGUGGAAUAGGUCGUAUCGUACGACGCAGACUUCUUGAAACUCUUCAACAUGUCCCCCAAGUUUCUCUUUCCCUGGACGGUAUGAAACCAGGAGGCGCGGGCCACAAAUCUUCUGCGAGAGUCCGUUUACUGCCCUCCUUGGUUCAAUCAGGGAUCCUCAAUCUCGUCAAAGAAAAGCCAGAAUACUACAAUGUUGAUGAAUAUGGCAUCCUGAUCAAUUACCUUGACUGUCUCGCGACCAUUAACACGUUCUCGAGUAUUGUAGUCUGGAUCGGACUUGAAAGAUUAGUCCCAUGAGUUUGCUGAUAACUAUAGAGUGCAUACUUACUUAAGCCUGUUAUAAAUAGUACAGAUCCUCUACUAAGAUAUUUUGUCAAGGUGUUCAUGAACUAAGAGAAUGAAUAAAUCAUGAUGGU